AUGAGUGGCAGUGGCGACCAAGAACGCGAGCAUGCGCUCGAAGCCUACAAGUCCAAGCUCCUCGAGUCAAGAGAGUGGGAGGCCAAGCUCAAGGCAUUGCGACUAGAGAUAAAAGGUCUACAGCAUGACUUUGACGUAUCAGAGGAGAACAUCAAGGCGCUGCAGAGUGUUGGUCAGAUAAUAGGCGAGGUGCUCAAGCAGUUGGAUGAGGAGCGAUUCAUUGUCAAGGCAUCAUCCGGCCCCCGCUAUGUAGUCGGAUGCCGGUCAAAGGUCGACAAGGCCAAGCUCAAACAAGGAACACGUGUUGCCCUCGAUAUGACAACCCUUACCAUAAUGCGCAUGCUACCCCGCGAAGUCGAUCCCCUCGUCUACAACAUGUCGUUGGAAGACCCUGGCCAGGUCAGUUUUGGUGGAAUUGGUGGUCUGAAUGAGCAGAUUCGCGAGCUCCGUGAGGUCAUUGAGCUGCCACUCAAGAACCCUGAGCUGUUCCUGCGAGUCGGUAUCAAGCCACCAAAGGGUGUACUGCUCUACGGACCCCCAGGUACCGGAAAGACGCUGCUGGCCCGUGCCGUGGCGAGCAGUCUGGAGACCAACUUCCUCAAGGUUGUUUCGUCGGCCAUCGUCGACAAGUACAUUGGCGAGUCGGCGCGUUUGAUCCGUGAAAUGUUUGGUUACGCAAAGGAGCACGAACCAUGCAUUAUCUUCAUGGACGAGAUUGACGCCAUUGGUGGUCGACGUUUCUCCGAAGGUACAUCAGCAGAUCGUGAGAUUCAGCGAACCCUCAUGGAGUUACUGAACCAACUGGAUGGUUUCGACUACCUCGGUCAGACCAAGAUUAUCAUGGCAACCAAUCGACCAGAUACCCUCGAUCCCGCUUUAUUGCGUGCUGGACGUCUUGACCGCAAGCUCGAGAUUCCCCUGCCAAACGAAGUUGGACGUCUGGAGAUUCUGAAGAUCCACUCUGGAAGUGUUGUCACAGAUGGUGAGAUUGACUUUGAGAGCAUUGUCAAGAUGAGCGAUGGAUUCAACGGUGCCGAUUUGCGCAACGUCGUAACAGAAGCCGGUCUCUUCGCUAUCAAAGACUACCGAGACUCAAUCAACCAGGACGACUUCAACAAGGCAGUCCGGAAGAUGGCCGAGUCGAAGAAGCUCGAGGGCAAGCUAGAUUACCAGAAGUUGUAG